AUGAAUCAGGGCGAACAAUGUGCUUCCAAUAAUACUUGUAUUCCAUUGGGCGCAACCGAUUGUGGUAAUUCUACUAACUGUGCCGCGGGCAAUCAAUGUACAUCUAACAAUUCAUGUAUGCCAUUGGGCGCAACCGAUUGUGGUAAUUCCAAUUACUGUGACGCGGGCAAACAAUGUGCUUCUGGCAAUUCAUGUAUGCCAGUGGGCGCAAUCAGCUGUGGUACAUACUACUGUGAUGCGGGCAAACAAUGUGCUUCUGGCAAUUCUUGCAUUCUUGUGAGUCAAAUCGACUGCGGAGUUGGACAUCACUGUGAAGCGGGCCAACAAUGUGCUUAUAAUAAUAGAUGCAUUCCAGCGGGUGCAGUCGACUGUGGGACACACUUUUGUGAUGCGGGCCAACAAUGUGCUUCUAAUAAUAGAUGCAUUCCGGCGGGUGCAGUCGACUGUGGGACACACUUUUGUGAUGCGGGCCAACAAUGUGCUUCUAAUAAUAGAUGCAAACCGCCGGUAAUUAAUACAUGUUAA